AGCUAUUUAUUAUCUUGACAGAAUUCCUUAGUACCUGAUAGAGAAACCAAGAAGCAUUUGUUUAGCUUAAUUAAGACAUGGAUAAGACAUGGAUGAAUUCAAACCGAUUGUCGAAAGAGUACGAGAAAGGGGUAUGGGAAUUCGUUGAGUUUGCGGUUGCGCACUCCGAAGACCCGAUUCGAAUGUCGUGUCCUUGAUUGGGUUGCUGUUAUGGGGAUAAGGUUGACGGGAAUAAGUUGGCAUCGCAUUUACUACGGUUUGGAAUUGAUAGAAGUUAUACAUGUUGGGCAAUGCAUGGUGAGAAAAGUAACGGGAAUGCUGAGUCGAGGUAUAAUAGGAAGUAUGCUUCAAACGACGAUUGCACAGACACAUACGAUUGCGAUCGAGUCGAAGAGAUUGCAGAAGCGCUUGAAGAAGAUCUUGAGGAUUGUCCCAAAAUUUUCGAGAGGUUGGUAAGCGAUGCAGAGAAACCGUUGUAUGAUGGUUGUUCAAAAUUCACAAGAUUGUCUGUGGUGUUAAAGUUGUACAACAUAAAGGCGGACAAUGGAUGGUCGGAUAAAAGUUUCACAGAGUUAUUAGCCCUUAUGAAAGAUAUGCUACCAAAGGAUAAUGUUCUUCCCAAUCGAACGUAUGAAGCCAAAAAGAUGUUGUCCUCUAUUGGCAUGAGCUAUGAUAAGAUACAUGCAUGUCCAAACGAUUGCGUUUUGUUUCGAAACGAGUAUGCAACGUUAAAUGAGUGUCCUAAAUGCGGUGCCCCUCGAUAUAAGAAAAAGUUGUCUCCUGCCAAAGUCUUAUGGUAUUUUCCUAUAAUUCCGAGAUUUAGACGCAUGUAUCAUAGUGAGACCGAUUCAAGACACUUGACUUGGCAUGCAGAUGAAAGAAUUAUUGAUGGAAAGUUGCGACAUCCGGCAGACUCACCACAAUGGAUGAAAGUUGAUACUGAUUAUCCUGAAUUUGGAAAAGAAGCAAGAAACCUUCGCUUGUCAUUGUCUACUGAUGGAAUGAACCCGCAUGAAGUAAGUAUAAUACUGUGUCUUUAAUUAAAUCAAAUGUUUUUUAAUAUAUAAAUGAUUUUUUUAUCUCCACUAAUAAUUAUUGAAAUGUAAAUGAAUUACAGGAGACCUUGUCGCAAUCGGUGUCCACCGGUGAGGACCAGGAUGAUAGGAGCGUACUUAGUAGAGCACUAGAUGCUCCUGAGUAUCCCGGUCGGGUGAGGGGUAAGGGUCAUGGUGUGACUCCAACCUCUUUUUACAAGCAUCCUAGGAGAAGAAAUCGUACCAAUCAAUAAGUGUUGCAAAAAUUGUAGGAAUUGCAAGCACAAGUCUCUGAAUUGCAAAGAGAUAAAGAUAUGUAUAUGAGAGAAAAGUGCAAUACUGCAUCGGUGAAAGAAACUAGUGAUAAAGCUAGUUUCAACUGUCAAAGAAAACUUCCCGAGGAUAUUUCUUCUUGCCAACUAUACUUAUCGUCACCGAAUUAUCGCCUAGUUGGCAAGGGAAAAGUGCACAACACUGUGGGAGAUUUACUUCACCAUAGACCACUCCCGGAUGGACACCUGAAAGUAUCAGUUGAUGUUGUAUUAGAUCAUGAUGCGGUGCUACCGGUACCUGACAUGGUCUCAGAGACAACAUUGAUGCGAGAUGCAAUAGGGUCAUUUGUUGCAUGGCCCU